UGUACUCAAAGCUAUCAUAAACUGAACAAUGCUUAUACUUAUUUUCUUUCCUUUCUGCAAACAAUUUCUUUUCUUCUUCCAUCAUCUUAUGCUCUUAUAUUUCUCUCCUCAACCAAGAUUUCUCAACAUUUACUUUCUUUUGUAUAAUAUAUUUACAGUAUGACAAAGUGUUUUUCGUUUUUCCGAAGAAGAACGGGUGGUGGAUCGUCGAAAAAACGCGACGUGGAAGAUAACUUAAGCAGCAAGUCAAGCGUAAAUAGAGAAUACCUCAGUGCAUUUAGAACAAAAUCUUAUGUUGAAAUAUGUAAUAAAGCUCAAGGAUAUGGAAUUGAAAGCACAAGCACGAGCACGAGAUCGCCACUCUCUACUUCUUGUUCCACGUCGUCUUCUUUGCUAGAACCUCGACAAGAAAUUGUUAGAAAUGUCAUUAAGUGUUAUAAGGUGCAUCAUCUUCUAGUGGACUAUUUUGAAGCUAGCUUAGAGGCAUGUCUUUGUUGCGACAGAAUCCUUCAAGGUAUCCGUCAAACUCGAUUUGCUUAUGGAAAAUGUGCUGGCACGUUCGUGAAGAAAGGCGGCGAUGAUGAGAACGUUAUCUAUAAAGAGCUUGUUUCAUUUGUUCUUAACAACUCUUUGUUUUUAUCUAAUAAAGUUAUUAACUUUCGCGACAUUCAUGAAAAACAAGUGUUGCUUCUUGAUAGACUAAACUCGAAGAAAUUGAAACUUAGAAGAAGAAUAAGAAUAAAGAGGUUAUGCAAGAAAGUUGGAGGAAUUGGUUUAAUCGUCUCGCAGACCGCUCUUUUGAUGGCUUUAUUAUUAUUCGCUUUCCAUAGCAUAAUUGGUUUGGCAGCUGCACCUUAUGUAAUGUGUGGAUUCUUUGGUUUGAUGAAGAAGAAGAAGAGAUUCAAAGGGGUUUAUGGAAAGUAUGGUUCUUCUGAAAAGCUAUAUGAACAAAUUGAUGUAGCUGCAAAAGGGGUUUAUAUAAUUAUAAAUGAUUUGGAUACUAUGAGUAGAAUGGUGAAGAGGUUGGAGGAUGAAGUGGAACAUUGGAGAGAGGUUGCUGAUAUUUGUAAGAAUAGUUAUGGUAAUGGUAAUCGAAGGUGUGAAAUAUUGAAGAUGGUUGUGAGGGAAUUUCAUGAUUGUCAAACUAACUUUAUGGAUCAAUUGGAAGAGCUUGAAGAACAUAUCUAUUUGUGCUUUCUCACUAUUAAUAGAUCUAGAAGAUUGCUUAUGCAGAAGAUUACUGAGAAGUGAUGUUCAAAGAUCAAUGAAGAUACUCUUUUCUUUCAGCUUGGAGGACAAGUUUUAGUGCAAACAUUGCUAGCAGAUUCUUUCAAUCUUAUUAUAGUCUAUGUAAUUCUUUGAUUUUCCCAACAGACCGUUGAAUUCUUAUAUUUUCUAUGAAAUAAAUAGCAAUAACUUACAUUAAACAUA